AUGUUUCAUGACGACGAUAAUAUGAAUUUUAUCAUUUUACUCACGCCUCCACCACAAUUCAAUUACGAUAACAAUCAAAUGCCCAAUAUUGGAUACCAACCUAAUGGUGCAGGCUACGGUAACGUGUACAACAAUCCGACUGGAUGUGCAAAACUUCAAUGUCAAUCGAACACUGGUUGCAUUCCAUGUAGCCAAUAUCCAGCAGAUGCCACGAAUUUAUACUCUGGCUCAAAUCCUGUCAACUAUGACCAGAACGGGUACAGUAAUCCAGCUGGAGUGAAUCAGAACACACCGUUUGGAUACCCUACACAGAACAACGGCUACGUCAAUCAGAACAAUGGCUACGGUAAUCAGAAUGCUGACCAAGGUCAGCCAGUCGGCUCUGGCUAUGGCUACGAGCAGGGCAACAAUCAGUACCAGCCGGCGGGUUCUGCUAACGAGUUCGGUGUGUACUAUGAUCAAAAUGUAAGUUUGCAAGGGUUCCUUAGAAUAUUGCUCCCAUCCAUUUGA